AUGGCAAACGCUCCAGAUCUGUCAUCCAAGACAGAAUUUUUAGCCACGCCAAAGGGCCACCAGCGGAACGAGUCUGCUUAUUCUCAAAAUUACUCCAUUCUCGAUUACUACGAUGCUGAUACACCGAGCGUGAUAAGAGGAACUGGAGCUGAAUUGGAAAGAUCAACGAGUUUUGAAAAUGCUCUUGAAUCUUCCAGCCUUCAAAGUUUGAGGCUACAAGACACGGGACUCCGUUCGUCGUUACGUAGUGAUCCUUUGCAUGAACCAGAUUCCUCAACAGACCCAGUCCCCGAUGGAGAUACUUCUGCCGUUGGAUCAUCAUCAUUUGCAUCCUCAAAUCACAAAAUAGCAUUGUUGAAGAGCGACACUGAGUCCGCAAACCAAAAUAGUUCAUUCGCUUCUCCAGUCAUUACGCAUACAGGCACCCACUGGGUUCCUCCCCAGAUCUCACCUACUACGGAAGAUAACUUACGUGCUGUUCUCAAAAGCAAAGUUGAUAUGUAUGGAUUUCGCAAACAAAGCCUGUUGUUUGACGCUACGGAAGAUUCUUACAACGAAUGGUUUUCCGAGUAUCAGCCACACUUACUCCAUCAAAAGAAAAAAUGGAUCAUGCUAAUGAAACACAAUGGCUUGUCUGCCAAUAAAAACUCUGCACCACCUUCCAGAUUCCCACCCAAGUCGGACAAAGUAAAGAAAAUGAUACGUAAAGGGAUUCCACCCGAAUGGCGAGGGAACGCUUGGUUUUUCUAUGCUGGUGGCCACGAAAAGCUCAACCAGAACACAGGACUUUACGAUGAGCUUGUGGCCGCUACUAAAGGCAUACAGAAUAAAGAUACAGAAGUAAUCGAGCGAGAUUUGAACAGAACAUUUCCAGACAAUGUGCACUUUAAUCCGUCUGUCUUACUGGAUGAAGAUGCCACGACGCAGCCGGAAACACCUGCUAUACUGGCAUUGCGUCGUGUUUUGGUGGCUAUAGCGCACUACCAACCUCAUAUAGGCUACUGCCAAUCUCUCAAUUUUCUAGCAGGGCUCUUGCUUCUUUUCAUGAAUGAGGAGAGGGCCUUCUGGAUGCUCGUGAUUAUGAUAGAACGCAUUAUACCUAAAGUGCACGCGGCAAACUUAGAAGGCGUUCACACUGAUCAAGGUGUUCUUAUGAUGUGCAUAAGAGAAUACAUUCCCAAACUAUGGGCAAUUAUCGGGAAAAGCUACGAUGGUACGGUUUUGCCUGAUGAUAAAAUAUUGACUCGACUUCCACCUGUUACCUUGGUGACAUCAUCGUGGUUCAUGUCAGUUUUUGUUGGAGUUUUGCCGAUAGAAAGUGUCCUACGUGUAUGGGAUAUCAUAUGGUAUGAGGGGUCUAAAACUAUAUUCAGAGUUUCUUUAACCAUUUGCCGCUUAUGCAUGGACCACCCAAAAUUUCUUACGAGGAAGGCAAGCAAAUCCAACAACGAAGGCUCCGAGAGUGAUCAGAUUGAACUUUUUCAAUUCAUGCAAAGUUUCCCAAAAAGCAUUACCGAUCCUAAUCUCAUCAUUGAUAGUUGCUUCAAGAAAAUUGGAGGCUACGGAUAUGGCUUUGUGUCACAGGAUGAAAUAAACAAGUGCCGCGAGUUUGUUUCCCAACAGCGAGACAAGAUUAAGGCUCGACAACAGAGUGUCGUGGGACCAGAAAUGACAGAGGAAGAAAGGCAAGCGUUAGCGCAUUCUGUUGAUUUGGAGGAGGAAAUUCACGAUAUUUACGGCUUCAACAAAUCUAUCAUGGGCGGAAUAGCGUGGAAUAGACACAUCAGCAACCGAAUGAAGAAGAAGUUCUCGAAAAAACUAAAAUGA